AUGGCAUCAAUGGUUGCCAAGGCUUGUAGCAACACAUCCAGCCAAAUGCCGGUUAUGACAGUCCAAGAAAAAGGCAGUAGGAAUAAACGAAAGUUCCGGGCCGAUCCACCUCUGGCUGACCCCACUAAACCCAUCCCUCUACCAGCGAGCGACUGCACCAGCUUCGAGUUCUCUGCUGUAAAAUUCGACACCCACGGUCACUCAAACGCAUGUGACUUGUGCUGCCUGAACCAAGACACACCAGAUUCCCUAAAGCUUGACCUCGGGCUGUCUUGCCCCGUAGGCCCGUCCAAUCCCACCCACCACAGGGAUGAAAUUGACACAUUAGGAGACGAUUUUCACGAUGCCGACUGGAGUGACCUCACCGAAACUGAGCUCGAGGAGCUUGUCUUGUGCAAUCUAGACACGAUUUUCAGAAGUGCAAUAAAAAAAAUCGUCGCCAGUGGUUACAGUGAGGAUGUUGCCACCAAGGCCAUCCUGAGGUCGGGCCUCUGGUAUGGGUGCAAGGACACCGUAUCAAACGUGGUGGACAACACCCUGGCCUUUCUCAGGAGUGGCCAGGAGAUCGAUCCCUCCAGGGAACACUGUUUUGAGGACUUGCAGCAGAUGAAGAAAUACAUAUUGGCCGAGCUGGUUUGCCUCUUGAGAGAAGUCAGACCUUUCUUUAGCACAGGGGACGCCAUGUGGUGCUUGUUGAUUUGCGACAUGAACGUGUCUCAUGCUUGUGCUAUGGAUAGUGACCCUUUCUGCAGUUUUCUGGGUGACGUGCCUUCAAAUUCAAAUUCCUCACAUUCAGCUCAAUCCCAUUCAAGAAUGGAGACAAAAAACCUUGAACACAAUAACGUCCUUCCUUGUAAACUGAAUGGGUCGGUUGCUUCUACUCACAACUGCCCACAGGAAUUGAUUCAAGGUGGUCAUAGUUCACAGCCCCAGGCACCGAAAGUGAAUAGUGCCUCUAAUGUGAAACCUAAAGCUCCUUCGGUUACGAAUGGGCUUGUAUUGGAUAAGGACUGUCAGAAUCCCAAUCCUGAUACCAGCGAGAAGCCCUUCAACGCUGUGGGAAUAUCUGAAAUUGAAGAGAAAUUUGGUGGUGGCAGGAAACUGUCAGUAAUUUCAAAAAGGGAAUACAUACUGCGUCAGAAGUCAAUGCACUUCGAAAAACACUACCGUACUUAUGGCUCUUCCAAGGGCACAUCCAGGGCCGGCAAGCUCAGCGCCUUUAGCAGCCUGCUUGUCCCACGGGCGAGGGAGCUGCAAAACCAGCUGCAGGAGUGGACGGAGUGGGCAAACCAAAAGGUUAUGCAGGCAGCACGGAGGCUUGGAAAGGACAAGGCUGAGCUGAAGGCCCUGAGGCAGGAGAAGGAGGAGGUUGAGCAGCUGAAGAAGGAGAAGCAGACUCUGGAGGAGAGCACGAUGAAGAAGCUGUUGGAGAUGGAGAACGCGCUGUGCAAGGCGAGCGGGCAGGUGGAACGGGCCAAUGCGGCCGUGCGGAGGCUGGAGGUGGAGAACUUGGCCUUGAGGCAGGAGAUGGAGGCGGCCAGGCAGAGGGAGGCAGAGUCGGCUGCCAGCUGUCGGGAGGUGUCGAGGAGGGAGAAGAAAACACUGGUGAAGUUCCAGUCAUGGGAGAAGCAGAAGGCGGCCCUGCAGGAGGAGCUGGUUGGGGAGAGGUUGAGGAUCGCACAGGUACGGGAGAGACUGCAGCAGGCAAAGGAUGCUCAGGACCAAGUCGAGGCCAAACUUCACGAGGAACAGAAGGCCAAAGACGAGCUGCUCUCUCAGGCCUCCUCCUUCAAAAAAGAAAAAGAACAAAUCGAGGUCUCAACUCAAUCCAAGGAAGACACCGUCAAAUCAAGAGCCCAAACUAAUCUGCAGAAGUACAAGGAUGACAUUGAGAGGCUUGAGCGCGAAAUCUCUAAGCUCAGGCUCAAAACCGACUCGUCGAAAAUAGCCGCCCUUAGGAGGGGCAUAGAUGCCAGCUACGCCAGCAAGGUCACCAGCUUGAAAAACACGCCACUGCACAAGGGCCUGACUGUCUCUCACACCACAAUCCUGAAGGACCUCACGGCCAAUGGGGGCGUGAAAAGGGAGAGAGAAUGUGUGAUGUGCCUGUCAGAAGAGAUGUCGGUGGUUUUCCUGCCGUGCGCGCAUCAAGUGGUUUGUACAAUGUGCAACGAGCUGCAUGAAAAGCAGGGAAUGAAAGACUGCCCAUCCUGUAGAAGCCCGAUCCAGAGACGCGUGUGCGUACGUUAUGCUCGCCCUUAA